AUAUGUUAGGGUUCUCUGUGCUCAAAAAUAUAAUAGACUUGAAAACAGUAAUUUAAUAGAUAAAAAAAUUAAAUGGUUCAAUAAUUUGAAAAAACAUACUAAAGAUUUGGAUGAAGAUGAUAUCUCAUUACUCGAACAAGUUGAUGAUCUUAAAAAUGAACUGCAACAAGUUAAAAAUACGCUCAAUGAACUAAGAAACGAUGCUGAAAGGAGAAAUAAUGAAAUAAAAAUAUAUAAUUUUAAAUCUGACUUAAAUGCUAUAAAUAUUAAAUAUACUAAUUUUGUGAAAGAUUAUGAACGUGAGAUACAACAGAAAGACAAAAUAGAAUCAGACCUUCUUAAUCAGGUUGAUCUUUUAAAAAAUCAUAUCGAUGAGUUAGAAUCAUCUUUAGAUCAUUCACAUGUAAAAAGAAAUAAUCAAAAAUCUGAUGCUCAUAUAGAUGAACAAGUAGAGAUAUCAGAUAAUGCAUUUAAUCGUCCACCUCUACCUUCAACUGAUCUG